AUGUCUGGCUGCGGCGGAAGGGGCAAGAUUCGAGCUAAAGCUAAAACUCGAUCUUCUCCAGCUGGUUUGCAGUUCCCAGUAGGCCGCGUACACUGGUUGCUCCGUAAGGGCAACUACUCCAAACGGGUCGGUGUCGGGGCCCCCGUGUACCUGACGGCCGAGAUUUUGGAGCUGGCGGGCAGCCCGACCCGCGACAAGACGCGGGUCAUUCCGCGCCACCUGCAGCUGACUAUCUAUAAUGAGGAGGAGUUCAACAAGCUGCUCGGUAAAGUCACCAUCGCUCAGGGCGGCGUUCUGCCCAACAUCCAGGCUGUGCUGCUGCCCAAGAAGACUGAGAGUCACCGCAAGACCAAGGGCAAGUAA